CCUUGCAGACAGGUAGCCUCUCUCCUCCCGCACUCCCCAGUCACCUCCAAUGGCGCUCUGCACAUCUUCCGUCUCUCCCCGCUUAACUCUCCGACCGAAACCCGCCCAAUUCGCCUUCCUCGACCCUCCGCUCUUCUCGCCACCGGCCUCGCUCCCCCAAAUCGCCCGCUCGAUUCCCCUCGCGUUCUCGCCGCUAUCAGCGAGAAUCCCGACCGGCCGACCGGCGUUCGUGCCGGCCGCUUCCAGGGGCGACGGAGGCCCGGGCCAAGGCAACGACGGCAAGAAGCGCGCCGCCAAGGAGCAGGCGAAGGUGGAAGGAGAUGAGGGGGAGGGAGAGACGGUGGAGGUGGAGGAGGACCUGCCGUGGAUACAGGAGAAGGCGCUCGACCUCGUGGAGUUCACCGGCUCCGUCACGCAGGCGAUUCCCGGCCCUAGGGUCGGCUCCAGCUCCUUGCCGUGGAUGCUUGCCGUCCCUUUGGCUUACGUCGGGAUCAGCUUCGUGAUUGCCUUCGUCAAGACGGUGAGGAAGUUCAGCUCUCCCAGAGAGAAGCGCCGGAGAUUGGUGAACAAGAAUGCUAUGCUGUGUAAAUCGAUUGAUGAGCUUCUUCAAAGGGGGACUGAAUUGCAGCACGCUGAUCUCGAGGGACUUGUGAAGAAGACAGGUUUUGGCAUGGAGGAUGUGUUGCGAAAGUAUAUUAGAUAUGCACUGAAUGAGAAGCAAUUUAACCCAGAGGUAAUCGCCAACUUGAUACAGCUUAGAAAAGCUUCUAUGUUGGAAGAAUCUCAGGUUGCUGAGAUUAUCAAUGACAUCUCUCGCCGCAUCGUUCGUGAGAAGGGCCCUGUGGUCAUGGACAUGUCAGGGUAUUCUGAGAAGGGUUUCAAAAGGAAACUUGCUGUUCAAGCUCUAUUUGGGAAGGUCUUCUAUUUGUCUGAGUUGCCAGAGUUCUGUUCACAGGAUAAUUCCUUGAUAGUUAAGGAAAUUUUUGGGGUUGCAGACGAAGAUGCCGACAAGCUUCGAUUGCACACCCUCUCUGAAGCUGGGGAUUUUGAUUCGCUGGAGAAGAUGGUCGAUGAUUCUGAUUCAGAAGAUUCAGAUGAAAGUCCUGCUUCUCCUCAGCCCACUUGAUAUUGUAGAAACUGGACUUGGAAUGUAACUCUUGGCUCAGUUUCAGGGUCAAUCCUUUGCCAUCGUAAUAUCCUCAGUUCUGCCCUUUCACCUCCUGCAAUAUCUGAAGAAAGCACGGAGGAGGAUGUAGGGAUUUUCUUCAAAAGGCAGAACGUGCAAAGGUUUCAUUCUAGAUUUCCCUUUGGAGCUUUUCUCGUCCAGAAAUUUUUGGGAGUUCAGAGUUGUUUGUUUUCCUUUUUUUCCUUUUCUCGUAGUGUUUUAUAAUGUGAUACAGCUUCAGAGUUUGAUUUUGGGUUGUGACUGCUGGUUGUAACAAAUGGAAUAUUUGACAAAUCAAGAGAUCUCAUUCGACUGACU